GGGAGUAUGAAGUGUAGCAACUAAGAAGUGUGAUCCUGGUGUAUCCACAAUGGAUAAGAAACAGAGUGACUAAGAUUCUAACAUCAACCUUAAACCUUGUCCUUCAUAUUACACACAUUUCACCAACAUUAAUUCCCCCAAUCUGAAAUGUCAACCUUUGCAUUCACUUCUUUAUUCCAAAUCACAGUCUCAUCUUCAUCUUCAUCUUUGCAUGCUAUCAGAGCCUCAGCUUCUGAGUAUGUUCCCUCCCAACACACCCUUAGAAGGGAAUUCUUGAAGGGUGUUGCUGCUUUGAUGCCUCUUCCACUUGUUGUGCUGAUAGAGCCACCCCCUUCAGAUGCUAGAGAAGUUGAGGUUGGCUCCUUCCUUCCACCUUCACCCUCUGACCCUUCUUUCGUUCUCUUCAAGGCCUCUGCCAAGGACACUCCAGCCCUUCGUGCAGGAAAUGUGCAGCCAUACAAGUUUAUCCUCCCCCCGACGUGGAAACAGGCUCGUGUAGCAAAUAUACUAUCUGGAAAUUACUGCCAGCCUAAAUGUGCAGAGCCCUGGGUGGAGGUUAAGUUUGAAGAUGAAAAACAAGGAAAAGUUCAGGUAGUGGCUUCGCCCUUGAUACGCCUUACCAACAAACCAAAUGCAACAAUUGAGGACAUUGGGAGCCCAGAAAAACUGAUUGCUUCUCUUGGACCAUUUGUCACUGGAAACACUUUUGAUCCAGAAGAGCUCCUUGAGACUUCAGUUGAAAAGCUUGGUGAUCAGACAUACUACAAAUACGUGCUCGAAACACCAUAUGCUCUCACAGGCACACACAAUCUUGCAAAAGCAACAGCAAAGGGAAACACUGUUGUUUUGUUUGUGGUUAGUGCCAAUGACAAGCAGUGGCAAACUUCUGAGGAGACUCUAAAAGCCGUGCUUAAUUCCUUUGAAGUUUAGUUUUCUGUCAAAGGUAAAUAAGAGAAGUUUAUUUCUUUCUAGUUUUUGUUUAUACAAAAUUACUCAGAAAGAAUUGCAUUGGCCACCAUUUCAAUUUUUUGUGUUCCGAGGUUAAACUUUAACUUUUAACAGUCUGGCAUUUUUCUUCUUAGUAUAUACCUAAUUGAGUGAAUGACAUAUGUAUUGAUUA